AUGACAAAUAGUAAUUAUAAAUCAAAUAAUAAAACAUAUAAUGAAAAUAAUAAUGAACAAAAAACUACCAUAUUUAAUAGAACAAAUAUGAAUCGGAUAAAAAAAUGUCAUAUGAGAGAAAAAAUAAAUAAGUACUUUUUUUUGAUCAAAAUUUUGACAUGUACCAUUUUAAUAUGGGCUCUACAAUAUGCUAAUAACUGUGAUAUAAACAAAACUUGGAAAAAAGAUUCUUAUGUUUAUAAGAAAUUGAAUACAGUAUUUAACAGAAGUUUAGGAGAACCUCAGGUAAAUGGUGAACUAGCUAGUGAAGAAGUAAAGGAAAAAAUUCUUGACUUAUUAGAAGAAGGAAAUACAUUAAAUGAAAGUGUAGAUGAUAAUAGUAAUUUAGAAGAAGCAGAACAUAUAAAAGAAAAUAUUUUAUUAAGUAAUAUAGAAGAAUCAAAAGAAAAUAUUGUUGACAGUUUAUUCAAUAAUAUUGAACAAAAUUCAGAACAACAAGAAAGUGUGUCAGAAAAUGAACAAGUCAAUGAUGAUAUUUUUAAUGCCUUAUUUAAUAGUGCAGAUGUUAAUGGAGAAGUAGAAGAAAAAAUUUUAGAGGAAAGUCAAGUUAAUGACGAUAUUUUUAAUAAUUUAGUAAAAAGUAUCCAACAAGAACAACAACAGAGCGUUUCUGAAAGUGUAAUAGAAAGUGUAGAAGAAAAAGUCGCAGAAAGUGUUGAAGAAACUGUAACUGAAAGUGUUGAAGAAGCUGUAACUGAAAGUGUUGAAGAAACUGUAGCUGAAGAUAUUGUAGAAACAGUAGCUGAAAGUGUUGAAGAAACUGUAGCUGAAAAAGUUGAAGAAACUGUAGCUGAAAAAGUUGAAGAAACUGUAGUUGAAAAAGUUGAAGAAACUGUAGUUGAAGAUAUUACAUCAAAUUUAUCAGAUCAUAUUUUAAGCAAUUUGUUAGGUGUUAUGGAAAAUCAAGAAGCAAAGGACAGUAUAUUAAAUGAUAUAGAAGAAGUAAAAGAAAAUGUAGUUUCCACAAUACUAGAUAAGGUAGAAGAAACUACAACUGACAAUUCAACUACUUUUAGUAACAUAUUAGAGCAUAUACAAGAAAGCACUAUUUCUACUGAUAAUAUAGAGGAAAAAUUAGAAGAACUGCACGAAAAUGUAUUAAGUGCCGCUUUAGAAAGUGCCCAAAGUGAAGAGGAAAAGAAAGAAGUAAUAGAUGUAAUUGAAGAAAUAAAAGAAGAAGUAGCUUCCAUGUUAUUAGAAACUGUGGAACAAACAACAGAAGAAAUCUCAAGUACAAUUACAGAAAUAGUUGAAAAUAUAGAAGAAAAUGCAAUAUCAAGUAAUGAAAAUAUUGUAGAGAAUUUAGAGAAAUUAAACGAAACUGUAUUUACUACUGUAUUAGAUAAAAUAGAGGAAACAACAGAAAUUAGCGGAGAAAGUUUAGAAAUUAAAGGAAUGGAUGGAACAUUUUUAACUGAAAUGUUAGAUAAUGUAAAAGGAAUUCAAGAAAAUAUACUAACUACUAUGUUUCAAAGUAUAGAAACGAGUACAGUAAUUCAUUCAGAAGAAAAGGUUGAUUUAAAUGAAGAUAUGGUUAGCACCAUCUUAGAUAAUAUAGAAAUUAUGAAAGAUGAUUUAUUAAAUAAAUUUGAAAAUAUUUCAAGUACUGAAAGUGUUAAUGAAAUUGCAACUCCACCUGUAGAACAAAAUACAUAUAUGGAUGUUGAUAUUCCUGCUAUGAAAGAUCAAUUUUUAGGAAUAUUAAAUGAGGGAGAAGCAUUGAAAGAAAUGUUUUUUAAUUUGGAAGAUGUAUUUAAAAGUGAAAGUAAUGUAAUUACUGUAGAAGAAAUUAAAGAAGAACCCCUUCAAAAAGAGGUAGAAAAAGAAACUGCUAGUAUUAUUGAAGAAGUGAAAGAAAAUAUUGUUGAUGUAUUAGAUGAACAAAAAGAAGAUUUAACAGACAAGAUGAUAGAUGCAGUAGAAGAAGCCAUAGAAAUAUCCUCAGACGUUAAAGAAGAAAUUGAAUCAAUUCAAGAUAAAGAAAAAGAUGCUUUACCAGUUGUUGAAGAAGUUAAAGAACAUGAUAUAGAAGAAAGUGUUGAAAAAGUUAUAGAAUUAAAAAACAUUGAAGAGGAGUUAAUGAAAGAUGCUGUUGAAAUAAAUAAAAUUACAAGCAAAAUUGUUGAAGAAACUGAAGAGUUAAAUGAAGUUGAAGCAGAUUUAUUAAAAGAUAUGGAAAAAUUGAAAGAAUUAGAAAAAGCUUUAUCAGAAGAUACGAAAGAAAUAGUCGAUGCAAAAGAUGAUACAUUAGAAAAAGUUAUUGAAGAGGAACAUGAUGUAACAACCACAUUAGAUGAGGUUGUGGAAUUAAAAGAUGUAGAAGAAGACAAAAUCGAAAAAGUAUCUGAAUUAAAAGAUCUUCAAGAAGAUAUAUUAAAAGAAGUAAAAGAAAUCAAAGAACUUGAAAGUGAAAUUAUAGAAGAUUUUAAAGAAUUAAAAACCAUUGAAGCAGAUAUUUUAGAAGAGAAAAAAGAAUUAGAAAAAGAUCAUUUCAAAAAGUUUGAAGAAGAAGCUGUAGAAAUAAAAGAUCUUGAAUCAGAUAUAUUAAAAGAAGUAUCUUCAUUAGAAGUUGAAGAAGAAAAAAAAUUAGCAGAAGUACAAGAAAUUAAAGGAGAGAUAGAAGAUAUAAUAAGUGGUGAUGCUCAUAUAGAAGGUUUGGAAAAAGGUGAUUUAGAAGAAGUAGAUGAUUUAAAAGGAAGUAUUUUAGACAUCUUAAAGGAAGAUAUGGGAUUAGGAGAUAUGGAUAAAGAAAGUUUAGAAGAUGUAACAGCAAAACUUGGAGAAAGAGUUGAAUCCUUAAAAGAUGUUUUAACUAGUGCAUUGACCACGGGUGAAGAACAAAUGAAAGCAAGAAAAAGAGCUCAAAGACCUAAAUUAGAAGAAGUAUUAUUAAGAGAAGAAGUUAUAGAAGAACCAAAGGCUAAAGAACCUGCGAAAAAAAUAACAAAAAAGAAAGUAAGAUUUGAUAUUAAAGAUGAGGAACCAGAAGAUGAACCUCUAGAAGUUGAAGAUUUAGAUGAAGUUUUACAUGAAGAUAUGGAUGAAGAUAAAGAUGAAGAUAAAGAUGAAGAUGAAGAUGAAGAUGAAGAUGAAGAUAAAGAUGAAGAUGAAGAUAAAGAUGUAGAUAAAGAUGAAGAUAAAGAUGUAGUAGUCGAAAAAGAGAAACACAUUGAACAAGUUAAAAAGAAAAAGAAAAAGUUAGAAAAAAAAGUAGAAAAAAGUGUUAGUGGUUUUAAAAAACAUGUGGAUGAAGUAAUGAAAUAUGUUCAUAAAAUUGAUAAAGAAAUAGAUAAAGAAGUAUCUAAAGCUUUAGAACCAAAAAGUGAUGUUUCUAAUGUAUUACAACAAAAUCAAGAUUUUUUUAGUAAAGCUAAAAACUUCAUAAAAAAAUAUAAAGUAUUUACCGCACCGUUCAUAUCUGCAAUUGCUGCAUUUGCAUCUUAUGUAGUUGGGUUCUUUACAUUAUCUGUAUUUUCAUCAUGUGUAACAAUCGCUUAUUCAACUUACUUAUUGUCAAAAGUUGAUAAAACCAUAAAUAAAAAUAAACAGAGACCAUUUUAUUCAUUCGUAUUUGAUAUCUUUAAGAAUUUAAAACAUUAUUUACAACAAAUGAAAGAAAAAUUUAGUAAAGGAAAAACUGAUAAUGAAGGACAAGUAUCAAACAAAUCUGAUAAAACCGUUAUUGUACCGGUAACAACUAAAGUUGAUAAAAAAAAUAAAGUACCCAAAAGAAGAAAAACCCAAAAAUAA